AGAACUAACUCGGUCGUCGAACGACAAAUCGUCCCUCAAAGAUUGAAGCCCUCAAAUAUUGUGUCAAGCAAGAAAUGUAACCUUUAAUAUCAGGCCCAUAUGUUCGAACCAUUGCCGAUGUGUUUGUAUUAAUCGAAAGUUGGGAGCCCACUGUGGAUUUGUAUAUGAUUAAUUUUGAAAGUUUACAAGAAUUUGUGUGCGUGGUUCAGUGCAACGAUCAUCAUCAUUUUCCUAUCAACAAGCAGAAAUAUAAACACAACCAUGGCGAAGGCAGAGUGUAGUUUCAAGGACCCAAGAUGGUCUCUUCAAGGAUUGACUGCUCUUGUGACUGGUGGCACUCGUGGAAUCGGAUAUGCAACGGUGGAGGAGCUUGCUGGGCUUGGAGCUAGGGUGCAUACAUGUUCAAGAAAUGAAGCAGAGCUUAGCAAGUGCUUGAAAGAGUGGGAAGCUAAGGGCUUUUUGGUCACUGGGUCAGUUUGUGAUGCAUCCUCUAGAGAACAGAGAGAAAAUCUGAUCAGGGAAGUGGGUUCUGCUUUUAGUGGCAGUCUCAACAUUCUUGUCAACAAUGUUGGCACAAAUAUCAGGAAGCCAACUAUUGAGUACUCUGCUGAAGAAUUUGCAAAACUCAUGACAACUAACUUAGAAACUACUUACCAUCUAUGCCAACUUGCACAUCCCCUUCUAAAAGCAUCAGGGGUGGGAAGCAUUGUAUUCAUUUCCUCUGUCGGAGGUCUUGCACACAUAGGAAGUGGAUCGAUUUAUGGAGCAUCCAAAGGUGCAAUUAAUCAACUAACAAAAAAUUUGGCUUGUGAGUGGGCAAAAGACAAUAUCAGGUCCAAUUGUGUUGCACCUUGGUAUAUCAAAACCUCACUUGUGGAAAAUUUGCUUGAUAACAAAGAGUUUUUAGAUAAGGUAGUAUCUCGAACUCCUCUUCAGCGAGUUGGAGAAGCAAAAGAAGUAUCAUCCCUAGUUGCAUUCCUUUGCCUACCAGCUGCUUCAUACAUUACCGGACAGGUUAUAGCGGUUGAUGGAGGAAUGACUGCGAACGCAUUUGAUUCUGGAAUGAGACUAGAUUUGAACAAAUGAACUCUUUUUUUUCUUUUCUCAUCAUUGAAAAUGCACAUUAUUUGACAUCUUGAGUUGCAUGUCCUGCAUGGCAUUUUCCGUUUGUUUAUGACUUCCUAUUAUCUUUACGCAUUAAGGAUUGUGUUAUAUUUCUUAGUCAAGGCAUGUCUAAUGUGUUUUCUUCUGCGGGAGAAAUGGCAAUGGUACAGGGCAUUCCUUAUUCGCGUUUAGCUAUUAAUUAAAUUUUCUUUGACAAUCA